GUGAGCUGUGAUUGGUCACAGCUUGUCACAUGGUACAAGGCUGUUGUGAAUAGCCUUGUACCAUGUGAUCUCUGUGAUCAUUCCCAGAUUUCACACGUAGUAAGCAAUGAUGUCACAAGUGACAUCUUGCUUACUACUCUGCAUGUGAUCACUGAUUGGCCAAUCAGUGAUCACAUGCUUUCAGGCCUGUCCAUUGAGUCCAGUCUAGAAGCCCAAGAACCACCGGCAUAAAGGCUUCUUGGUUGUAGGGUCCUGAUUAUACUAAAGCUGGCCAUACACUAGUAGAUUUUCAAAUGAACGUUAGUGUAAAAAUUCUCAGUAUACUCCAUGACUUGACAAAUGUCGUUCAA